UUGCUAUAUUAACAAAGGAAACACAAAAGUCAGACAAAAUAUUGGAAUUUUCACUUGAGCGGAAUAUUUUAUCUGAUGCUUCGAAACUUUGGUAUGCAAAACUAGAAUGAAAGAUUCUGUUAAAAAUAUUGCACCUAUCAACUUGCGUUUUUUGUUUAAUAAAAGCUCAAACUUUAAACAAUAUAAUCAAUUGGCUCUUUGGGCGACAAUACAUCUGUGUUCAUUACUUGAUCAGAACGUGAGUGAAUGUGAAAAAGGAAAGUUAUCGGAUUGUUUUCAGCAGUCUAUUCUAGACCAUUUUUGGAUCCGGAGUGUGUUUGUUGUCAAAUAUAAAUAGUAGCUCGGGGAACGAAAUGUAUUCUCGGAUAAAUCUAGAUCAGUGGUCCUUCCGCAAGGAUUUUAUGGCAACUCAACCGCUAGUUUACCUAAAUUACGCAAGAUUUAGAAAAUUUGUAUUUUUUUAUUCGUAAUCAAACGUGUUGUCAUCCAUCGUUAAAUUUUUGUUUCCAGUAAGUGAUUUGCUGGUGAUGCUAAUAUCGAACAAAGUGCUGUCAUAUUAUAUAAGUUUAAACGCUCGACCCAAAUGCGCGUUUGGUGGCUAGUAAAGUCGAACACUCACACUGCUUGUAAACUUGUUAAUCGUUUGCCAAUAUAUUAUCACUGAAUCUGUUGAUAGCUGAAAAAGGUUCAGAUUGAAUGUUUUAGGAGAACCAACUGAACACACCGAAUUAUACGAGAUACCGAAGAGGCAAAGCCUAUAAAGGGGGCAUUCCGUAUGCUUCGGGCCCAUGAUUUUAUUUUCAUGCUUAGUUUUUCUUUGGAAUUGUUGAUGGAAAAACCUGUAAUAUUUUAAGAUUCUUCUAAAAUUAAAUAACACGAUGAUGUAAUAUUCAUAACUGCAUUCGAGAAUAUUCGCCAAAUAAAAAUACGUUCCGUUGUUAUUCCAGAUUUUAAAGAAUAUUGCUGGCCACCUGAUCCACUGUUUUACCAUAACUCCCCGAUUUCCCCGAUGCCUGACCGAAGUCUUCAUUGCCAUUAUAUUGCAUAUCGUGGCAUUAUUGUCAUUUUCAAAAUUCGCUUAGGUUCCAGGAAAUUUACUUCUAGAAAUAUUGAGUUGUGCAAAAUAGGUUUCCCAAAAGAAUUAUUACGCGACCCAUGGGUCACGCUGUCGGUGCGUAAACGUUGUAUUCAUAUCGCGUGAUUAUACAAAUUAUUGCUUGUUUUGUCCUCUCCUGUAUCUUGCCCUGGGUCCGAGAAGAUAUUUUUUCAGAUAAUAACUGUUCAUCAGGGUAGAAAAGUUUGGAACCAAUAAUCUAGAUAAAACACACAAAGAAUUUCGGUCGAUUGAAAUAAGAGACAAUGAAGAUUAUUGAAGUAAUUGUUAUCGUCCGUCUAUUCGGAGUUGUCAGAUGUCAAAACUUAUUUACUGAUCUAUUUGACUGGACAAACAAAUUUUCUAACGAAAUCACGUCAGGAAACAAUAAUCCUUUUAUCAGUCACCUCUCCAUCGAAUUGAUCAUGAUAAUCAUCGGUUCCGUUGUAGCGUUUGUGGUGACAGCAGUUGUGAUAGGAGUCUAUAUUUGUAAAGAAAUGAGAAAACCAAGGCAACAUGAAGAUAGAGAAAGUUUCACAAUGCGUUUCCGCAACAGGAUGUUCGCACUUCGAACACCUCCUGUUCCCCCUCCAAUGUAUUCUGAUACCGCCGAACCAUCACAUAAUUCACUACCGAUGGAUUCCUACCAGUAUGUCAAUCCCAUACAGCACCUGCACAGUAGACAGCAUAUGGAAAACAUACCAGGCGGGAGUGGAAUGAAGAGUGUUGACUCUGCAGAACCAAAUUCCAUUUACACAGAAACAGUGCGUUCUUCACCGACAACACGCCCGCGCCUACCAAGUCCCAGCAAAACGGUGAAUACGAAUAUGGGGAACGAUGUAAGACCGCCUAUGUUGCCUCCCAUGUAUGAUGACAUCAGUGAACAAGGUCCUAAAUCUAUUCCAGGACAAAAAAAUAACGGACCUGUAGCUUCCGAUGAAUAUUGGGACUUUAACAACAGCGCUUCGAGUCAAAUGACUAAAACGCAUAGUGGAAACAAUGUCGAACCCCUUACCCCAGCUAUGUAUGAAGACAUAAGCAAAUGAAUUAGUGUCCCUGCAAUGCAAUAAAUACAAACACAAAUAAGCCGGCUAGCUCCAGUGAAAUUCAGAACGUCAACACUACGGUGAAUCCGAGACCAAUGAAAGAUUUGAGAGGCGUGACCAAAACAAGUCCAAUUCAAGAACCCUCCCCCUUUGUGCAGGAUGACGAUGGCUGAUAAAAUGUUGAGCUUCUUGUCGAAUAGCGAAUAUGAAAGACGAAUAAAAUUUCAUAAAUUAUGUAAAAAAAUAUUAUUGCGUGUUUUCUUUUGUGUGAUGAGGUAACCUUUUUAAAUUUAGUUAUUCACCAACUCCAUAUCAUGGAGUGAAAUCUCUUUCUGACGCAGCACCUAUUUUAUUGUAAGUUCAAUAUUUAUAAACCAUAAUAAAGCGAGUUGGUUAAAAAAAAACAGUUCGACAGAAGAGGUCAAACAAUUUGCAAUGCACUAGUGAAUAUCAUUAUCGUUAGUUGAGACAUUAUGUUAUUUUAUAUGAAUUCUAUUGUCUUUUAUGAAUAUUGUAAUAUAAUUGUAUUUAUAUUA